GUGUGGGCGUGGUCUUAUAUAAAGGGGAGGCGUCGUUUGCGAGGGUGUGUUUGUAAGCGUGCGCAUGUGUUCGAGAGAGAGAGUCCUCCUUUAGCCGCAUGAGAUGACGAGUGCCCUGCAGUCUUUGCAGUCACUGUUUUCGCGUUCUCCUCUCCUCCUCUGUCUGUAGCGGUUCACUCCGGGAAUGCUCACCAGCGUGUCCUGAUCCGACGCUGUCGUCAGUCCCUUCAUCUCCAGCCUGUCCCCGCUCUCCGUGUCCGCCCGCGUGUGAGGGUCGCAGCCUGCCCGAGGUGCUUUCGCUGUAAGGUUUCGCUCUGAGCACCUAAUAUCAAAACCAAUUGCAAAAAAAAUCUGAGAAACGUAAGCCAUGGCUGUGGCCGGAUGUCCGGAUUAUUUCCUGCAUCAUCCCAAUUAUCAGCAGGAAAAUAUAGACCGGUCUUCCAAUCACAGACAGACUGAGCUCAUUGGUCCGAGAUUUCAGCAACCGGCCAAUCAGAGUUCUCCUAACCAUCAAGAGGAUGAUGUCGACUUGGAGGCCCUGGUGAAUGAAAUGGACUCUUCACUGGAGAGCCUGUACUCCUCGUGCAGCGGUCCACAGACAGAAUCGACUCCUCUGCUGCACAACGGACAGACCUCUACAUCACACCACCACCACCAUCAAGCACAUCAACACAACCAGCCACGGCAGGGACAGCACUCACACGGGAUAAGCCACAUCUCCCCAGAGCCGCCCUCAUCCUCAGACUCUCCUCAAACCGGCCUCCGACGGUCACAGCCGAUGCACAUCAAUGCUGUCAGAUUACAGGAGCAGGAGCAGCAGCUGAGGACGUCAUCUCUCCCGGCCAUCCCCAACCCUUUCCCUGAGCUCUGCAGUCCAGCUAGCUCACCUGUCCUCAGUCCUGGGUCUCUACCACCUGGGGAACCUUCCUCGGGCAAAUAUAUUGUGAAGAUCUUCAGUGAAGACGGCAUGGGUAAAGUUGUGGAGAUCCCAGCCAACAUGACAGCCAGGGACCUGUGCCAGCUCCUGGUUUAUAAAAGCCAUUGUGUGGAUGACAACAGUUGGGCACUUGUUGAGCACCACCCACUGCUAGGGCUAGAGCGCUGUCUAGAAGACCAUGAGCUGGUGGUUCAGGUCCAGGCCUCCAUGAACAGCGACGGUAGAUUCCUCUUCAGGAAGAACUAUGCCAAAUAUGAAUUCUUCAGAAACCCCCUGACAUUUUUCCCAGAGCACAUGGUCGCGUGGUGCCAGGAAACCAAUCAUGCAAUUCUACCAUCUCAGCUCCUUCAGAACUUCCUAGCCACCAACAGCUGUCCAGAAAUCCAGGGGCAUCUGUACAUGAAGGAGGUGGGAAGGAAAUCAUGGAAGAAGGUUUACAUGUUUCUGCGGCGCUCAGGGCUCUACUGUUCUACAAAAGGAACCUCAAAGGAGCCCAGACAUCUACAGUUACUAGCAGACCUCGAGGACAGCAACAUCUUCACUGUCAUCACAGGCAAGAAGCAGCACGGCGCACCCACAGACUACGGGUUCUGCAUCAAGCCUAAUAAAAGCAGAGGGGAUAUGAAGGAGCUGAGAAUGCUGUGUGCAGAGGACGAACAGAGCAGAAGCUGUUGGAUGACCGCUUUUCGAAUCUUUAAGUAUGGGAUCGUAUUGUACCAGAAUUACAAGAUUCCUCAACAAAGGAAAACUUUACUUUCACACUUUUCAGCUCCUGUGAGGAGCGUAUCAGAGAACUCCCUCGUGGCGAUGGAUUUCUCAGGGAGGAUAGGCAGAGUGAUUGACAACCCGGUCGAAGCGCAGAGUGCUGCCAUGGAGGAGGGGCACGCGUGGCGGAAGAGGACUCAACGAAUGAACAUACUGGGGUCCCACAGUCCAUUACACCACUCCUCACUAAGCUCAGUCAUCCACAUAGCUCAGCUCUGGUUCCAUGGCAGGAUAACCAGAGAAGAGUCCCAUCGCAUUGUCCACCAGCAGGGACAAGUAGAUGGGUUGUUUCUGCUGAGAGUCAGUCAGAGUAAUCCCAAGGCGUUUGUGCUCACAUUGUGCCAUCACCAGAAAAUCAAGCAUUUCCAGAUCCUACCGUGUGAAGAGGAUGGCCAAGGCUUCUUCAGCCUUGAUGACGGCGCCACCAAGUUCACCGACCUGAUUCAGCUGGUGGAGUUCUACCAGCUCAACAGAGGAGUGCUGCCUUGCAAACUCAAACACCCAUGCACCGUCGUGGCCUUAUGACACCUUCGGAUCAUAUGACCCAUCCCCCAACACUUGACCUGACUCUGCCUAAAAUGAAAAGAAUCUCCCCGUUGAUUGUUUCUUUUUGUUUUCAUCUUUGUAAGAAGCUGGUGAAUUGACUGACGUCGUUGUUGUUGUUACACUUGUUUUUAUAUUGUUGUGAGUUCGCUGGAGACUGCUGAUAUUUUUUUUGGGGGGGGGGGGGAUUUCCUUUCAUCUGCAUGGAGAUUCGAGGAGUCUGAUGCACAACUUGACUCCAGAGGCUUGCAGUUUUAAGAGAAGAUGAAAGAACUGAACACUGCCAUUUGUGUCGAUGCUGUUGCAGAAUCUUCCACAUUAUUCCUACCAGUCACCAGAAAAGCGUGGACCCUCGAGGUUUUACCACGCACCUCAAAUGUGGGCACCGUUCCCCUUCAACGGGACAAUCAGCAGGAGAAUUGAAGCUUUUAUGCGGACCACCCUGCUCUUUAAGGACAAACGAGUCUCGCUCAUUUUUAUUACACGUCCUCAGAAUGAAUUCAGAGUUUGUCUCUUAGUUUUGUACUUGUUGAAGUGGGCACGGCCUUGGAUAGCGCAUGAUCUCUCAAGUGGCGCAUUACUUAACUGUGAGGUGGUGCCAUCGCCCUCUAGUGUCAUAAGAAUGCAUGGACAUUUUGAGGCACCAGGGUUUCUAUUUUUUAAUCCCAUUGAAUUUUGCAAAAAUUAAAAGUUAUUGAAACAAAGCUUUUGGUAUACAGUACAAAAUCUUUUCCCACACACUCAGCUUCAGUUAUUAUCAUUACUAAAGACAAAAUCCACCUUUUUGCAUCCUGGAUUUUAACAGCUCUUAUUUUUCACAUAAGCUUUUUAUCUAUCCUACCUGCACUUCAGUUUUCCAAGAUAUUCCUAAAGCAACUUCCUCAAAAAUAAAACAAGAAUAACUAGAAUUGUGAAUUUUGGUCAAAUUAAAUUGAUGCCCAGUUGAAGAAAUUUACAACUGCAGCUGUACGCAGGACGGUAUCAGUUCUUCAUUUCUCUUUGCCACAGCACAGGGAAGGAUAACCACUAGCAUUUCCUUUAGAGGUUUUAUACAGUAACUACCAACACAUCAAAGGAAAUGUGGUCUGUUUUUAAAAAAAUAAAACAAAAAGAUUCACCCCAGAGAUGCAGACGAUCCUGUGGGGAGCCUCCGUCCCUCAGUGAGACUCAUUUGCUCCAUAAAUGACCUCAUUGCUGCUGUAAAACAAACAUGUGGCAAUGAAAACAGUUUGGCGUGCUCUGACAUUAAUGGCAGAUUCUGUGCAUUACUUCUCACAUAAUGUUGCCUUUUUUUUUCUUUCUACCUGGAAGUACUUGUACCAAAACACACAGUCACAAUACAUUUACAGCCCACCUUUUUACAACCAGGAAAGAGCUUUCACAAAAUCAGAACAUUCAACAGUGAUACCUGUAUCGCCGCCUUCUCGUUUUCCUAUCCCGGCCUUGUUACUCUUUCUUCAGCCUGCUCUUCGAUAAAGUGAACAUACUCAGUAAUCAGAGAGGGAAAACUGGAAAUAUUACUAAAUAUGUAAUGUGUGUUUGAGUGACAACAAUGGGAGCAUCAGACUGAGAACGGCAGGUGUACGGCUCAUACAGUUGGUCUGGAAGCAGUUGUGACUAUCUUUUGUCCCACACAACACAAUUUGAAUAAUAAAAAUAAAUACAUUUUUUUGGCUGAAAACUUGUCCACGAUGGAGCUCCUAGAAUCACCUGUUUCACUUUGGUGUCUCCAUGUAGAUCAGCUUUGUUUGGAUAGACGGGAACACUGUUUUACUCGUACACUCCCGCUAUAGAUGAUGCACAAUGAGCAUCUCAAAGAUACACUGGACGUAAAAGUUGGAGGCUCUCGCUUUCCUCCACUUAAGUAGGUUCAGAAUCAACAAUCUCUGCGGGGUGUUUGUUUGUCUUUUUGUUGUUUUUUGUUUUUCCCACCAUUUUUACAUCAACAGCCAUCUAUUUGCCAGCAGGUUGUCUUAAGGUAUUUUAGACGUGAGAUGCAGAAUAGCAGCGCUAUGUUGACACUCUGUGUGUUCACCAUUAUUUAUGUAAGAUGCAAUGGCUUUUUUUUUUUGUUUGUUUUUAUUGUUGCAGCAAAAUGUUUAUUUAUUUACAUGGAUGUGACUGAUUACUUGAAAUUUUUAGAUAUCUUUCUCAGCGCUGUUCAGUACUUUUUUGUUUUUUGUCAUUACUUUAAAUUCAUUGUUCAGGGUGAUUAAUAGAACUGUAAUGACAUGACCUAUAUUGACUUUCUUUUUUUCAGUUUCAAUUAUUCAGCAAUGAUUUGUUAUCAUCAGUCUUGUUAUGAAGUCAUGUUUAAAGCACACUGGCCUCCGUAGUGUUAACAUUGUCAUUCCAAAUGAUGGCACGCUGGAAAAAUGAAAGGCAUCUGGGUUUCCCAAAGCAUUGAUCACUUUGAAUUUUUAUUUUUAUUUUUUUUAGUUUUCUUUGACAGUUCAGAUAUUUAUUCCAAAUAUCAAAAUUUUCCAGAUCUCAAAACCUCUAAAGCUGGCUUUCUCGUGGUGUCCUUAAAUAGAAAACCAUAGACAUGAACUAAAAUAAUAAAUCCACAAAUGUUUUGGGAAACUCGGUCAAGUAGAGGACAAUGUCAUUCUUCACCUUGCCGUUAAAAAGGAGUUUUAGAAAUCAAAGUAAAAAUUUUAGAUUGGAUAUAAUAAACAAUGUUACAAUAAUUCUGUCUUUUUAAGAAUGAAAAAAGGAAGAUGCUGAUUUUGAUCAUUGUAUGAAUGCGGGAGGAGUCUGUCACUGAUGUGUUACUUGCAGAGAUUUGGACGAAUAUGGAUUAUCACACACAAUGUUUCAGUUGCUGGAAGUCAUCCUAAGCUGCUGAGUCCUUACCGUUAGUUUAUUGUAAUACGAAAAUGUUAAGUACCCCCGAUGAGGCUUUGUUUUGAUGUAGCAGAUGUUACCAUGUGAGGGACAGUACAGGGAGCUUUGUAAGUGUGGGUUUAUAUUUUUUGCAUAAAAACGGUCAGGGUUGUACUAACACUAAAUGCAAAAUUCAGUUUAAAUUGGUGAACACAUGGGAAGUGGAGUAAGGAUAUUUGGUUAUCGAUGUUUUUGCCUAACUGAACUGAAUGUACCUGGGUUGCUCAGGGCGCACUUGAACCAUGUUAAAAUUACUCAUCUGUCAAAAGACUUCGAGUACACGAUGAUGGCAAACUUGGAUAUUGUAGUUUAAUUAAGCUGAGACUUUUCUCCAUUGCAUGCACCACCCAUUUGCUAGUUGUGAUUACUUAAAGUAUAUAUGGAGAAAAUCAAACAGAACAAGAAAUUUUUAAAGAACAGUGUUUUUUUUUGGUUUUUCCAUUGUUUGUUAAUGCUUUUUUUUUUUCUGUUUGUUUUUUAAAGGCCUGAAAUACUGGUUUCCUGAGCUGAUUCAAAGCUCCAGUUAUAGGAAUUUGGGAACACCCCCCCCCCGCCAAAUACACACUCAAAUUUACAAGCAUAUAUCACUCAUGUUGGAGCAUGUUGUUAGCUUUGGCAGUCAGGUAACUUGUACCCACAGAUCGUGCCUCUGAUUCACCCCACCACCAUUCCUGUGCACCAACUAGGUCUAAGAUGUGGACCAAUGGCAAAGUUACUGUCCAUAAACACUUGAUGACUACAUAUAAAACACACAUGCGCGCACACUUGCACACUCUGAAUCUGGUAUAAGCUGUUAGGAAUGAAUGCUUUUCUCUUCAGCUGCAGUUUUGGUGUGCUUCUGGAGCUCAAAGACAUUUGGCCCUUAUUCUGCAAAGGUGGCGUGAUCUGUUCUGACUCUUGUGCAUUUUCAUAACAUUGUCAUAAUGCAAGAUAAUGUGGCUGUACAAAUGAGUAAAAGUAAAAAUAUAUCUAUAAAAAUAUAAACUAUUAAUUUCAGGGACUGCAAAAAAGAAAACGGUAACUUAUCUCUUUUUGUAAGAGAGAGCUUCUGUAUUCAUAAUGUGCUUUGCUUCGAUCUGUAAAUAGUUUAAUGGCUGAUAAAUCUUAAUUGUAACCUUUUCAGGUAUUUUUGUACAAAUAAGGGACUGAUAUAUUCUGUUUAUUGUAAUUAGAAUAAAACAUUAAUACAUUGAUAUAAA